CUGAGCUUAAGACCUUACCUCCAACUUACCUCCUCCACCUUCAGGCCGGAAGGACGGCUCUAGGAAGUCCUGACAGACAGCUUGGAUUGUUUUGCUAACAUGGAUGCUUUCUUUGCUUGCUCGGCUUACCAUGCAGACUUGCGUUUGGCCGUGUCCGCGCCACCCCAACAACGGGUUCAUUUCUUGUUGAUCAUGUCGCGACAUGAGGAGAUCGACGACACAGGAGAUCCGCUGUUACCAGACCUUGAUCUCGUCAGGCAGGACGUCGCAAUGACGUCUGCGGUCUGGCAGGAGGCCAUAGCCUUGAUGCCCGAGCGACCUGUGCUUGAGUUACAGGACCCAUACACGGGUGAAAAUGUGCAGGAACCGGCUUCACGCUCUCUUGUACUCAAACUCAGACUUCCCUGGCUAUUCAUGUAUAGCUUUCUCAUUCACCACAGCGAUGUGCCGGAGGACAUCCACGAACAUGUGAUCUGGGCUCUUGAGAUGUACAUCGACGCUCUGAUCCACUGCACGGACGUGCAACUCGUCACUUUAUACAAAGACGAAAUAGGCGCCAUGUUUUACCUACGACAACAAGCGAAGGCGAAGAUAACUCUAUUCCUGUUGAAACCGGAGAUUGAUCGACCAAGGGAGGCUGUGCAAUACUUCAGUGAAAUCAUCGACUUCCGGCAGCGAUCUGCUGUCGACACAAGCCCCUCACGUGUGAGGGGCUUGACGCAAAGUCCGGGGUCUUGUAGGGUUCUGGGGGUGGCGCGGCAUAACAAUCUUUUCUUAUCUCCAUACAAAAUUCGUUAG